UGGGCUACCUUAUUUCCAAGAGAGAUAAAAACACAUCAGCAAUCUCUAGUUAUGGUGAAGAGAAUAAUGGCUGUUGCAGUAUCAGGUAUUACUUACUUACGUGGAAUUUUCCCUGAAGAUGCAUACAGCACCCAUUAUUUAGAAGAUCUCUGUGUUAAAGUUUUGCGAGAAGACAGCAUCUAUCCAAGAGUAUCCAAAAUUGUUAAAUGGAUGAAAGGAUGCUUUGAGGCAUUAGAAAAAAAAUAUCUGCAAAUGAUGAUUCUUGGAGUACAGAAGGACGCAGCUAACCCAAAUAACAUGAUAGAAUCUUAUCAAUUUAAGUUCAGAUAUACAUCGAAGGGACCACAAAUGGAUGUAUUCAGCAAUAAGAAAACUAAUUUAACAAAUGAUGCAACAGAAGACAUAAAGAGGACCUGUCUUCUUCUAAUUCAUAACCUCUAUUUUCUGAUGGAAAAUAUCAUUUCUCUUCCUAAUGAUGUCUCUCUCACUAUGAAGCUAUUUUAUUAUGCAGAUGGCAAGUAUUGGGAUUUAUUUGUAAAACUUUAUUUAAACAAACAAAAAAUCUGAAUAGAAUGGAACACAUACAUUUUACACAAAA